AUGGCAUCCAUUACACCAUCACAUAAUAUUCCUAACUACUCAGCAUCUGAUUAUUUCAAGUUUGCCAUUGCUGGUGCCAUCGGUUGUGGUUCAACUCAUAGUUCUCUAGUUCCAGUCGAUGUGGUGAAGACAAGAAUUCAAUUGGAACCAGCCGUCUACAACAAAGGUAUGAUUGGUUCGUUCCGUAAGAUCAUUGCAGAUGAAGGUGCUGGUGCAUUAAUGACAGGAUUUGGUCCAACUUUAUUAGGUUACUCUGUGCAAGGUGCUUUCAAAUUUGGUGGUUAUGAAGUGUUUAAGAAAUUGUCUAUUGAUUUGAUCGGAUAUGAUAAUGCAGUUAAUUAUAAGAAUUCAGUUUAUAUGGGAUCUGCUGCAGUUGCUGAAUUUUUUGCCGAUAUUGCCCUAUGUCCCUUGGAAGCCACUAGAAUUAGAUUGGUUUCACAACCACAAUUCGCUAACGGGUUAGUUAGUGGAUUUUCAAGAAUCAUGAAGGAAGAAGGUAUUGGAUCAUUUUAUAAUGGGUUUACACCUAUCUUAUUCAAACAAAUUCCAUAUAAUAUUGCCAAGUUUUUAGUAUUUGAACGUGCCUCUGAAUUAUAUUACAAAUUAGUUGGUGGUAAAGAUAGCCUAUCUGAUUUAGCAAAUACAGGUAUCAACUUGUUAUCUGGUCUAACUGCAGGUUUUGCUGCAGCUAUUGUUUCCCAACCUGCCGAUACUUUACUAUCUAAGGUCAACAAGACUAAGAAGGCACCAGGUCAAUCUACCAUUGGGUUAUUGGCUCAAUUAGCUAAACAAUUAGGUUUUGUUGGUUCUUUUGCUGGUUUACCUACUCGUCUAGUUAUGGUUGGUACUUUAACAUCAUUACAAUUCGGUAUAUACGGUAGUUUGAAGAAAACGUUGGGAUGUGGUCCAACCAUUACUAUCGGUUCCGGUGGUCAUUAA